AUGGCUCGACUGAUCAGUUUAAUGAAUGGUUGUCAAACCAUGCAAGUUCUAGAGCAGGUGCCGACUGGUAAUGUGGCAUCCAAUCAAAACGUAUCAAACAGAACUUCUAACAUUAAACUUCCUCGGUUGAACUUACCAGUGUUCACUGGCAAAUAUUCUGAAUGGACACCAUUCGCUCAGAUGUUUCAGACUAUGAUUUCUGAAAAUAACAAGUUAUCCAAUGUCGAAAAAUUACAAUAUUUGCGAUCGUCAUUAUCAGGCGACGCAUCUGAUUCAGUCGAGUCAUUGGAGUUAACAGGCGAGAAUUUUAUGGUUGCAUGGCGUAUUUUAUCAGAGCGUUACGACCGAAUUCGUGUCAUUGUCCAGUCGCAUAUUCAAGCAGUUAUGGACAUUCCGUGCAUUAGGAAGGAGAGUCAUUCAGAACUUAAAUCACUAAUUAAUAUUACAAUAAAGCACGUGAAUGCCUUAAAGUCACUCAAACGUCCAGUCGACAAAUGGGAUGAUAUUCUUAUUCAAAUUCUAGGUAAUAAACUUGACUCUAAGACCUUUCGUGAUUGGGAGGAUACGUUACAGUCUGAUCAAAUACCCACCACUGAUCAAUUCAUAGAAUUUGUGUUGAAGAAAUGUAAUACACUCGAGUCAGUUAGCAGCAAGGAGAAUAUCUCCACCAAUGGUAAGGCCAAUCAAGGUAACUCUCGUAGGUCAGCCAUCAGUUGUGCAGCCUCAGUAAGUUUAAAAUGCACCUUUUGUAAUAAGAAUCAUCUUAUCUAUUCGUGCCAGGCUUUUUUAACACUGUCAGUUGUACGUAGAUUGGAGGAAAUAAAGAAACGUAAGCUGUGCAUAAACUGUCUCAAAUCCAAGAAUCACAUAGCAGCGCAAUGUACUUCUGGUACAUGUAGAACCUGUCAACUAAAGCAUAACACUCUUUUACACAUAGACAAACAGGGCAGCUCAAGGUCUAUUACGACGGAUGGAUCACCGUCCAAUCAGCCUGGGGCAUCUGAAACAGUCAAUUCUCAGACAGUAGUCACUCAUCACAUGAGCAAUUGCGAUAACAAGUAUGUGAUGCUGUCAACUGCAUUAGUCGAUGCAUUGGAUGCUGCGGGAAAGAGGGUAUCAUGUAGGGUGUUAUUGGACAAUGGUUCACAGGCUAAUUUAGUUACACGAGAAUUCUUAUCCAAGCUAAGUGUCACAACCAAACAACAUCAGGUAUCUAUCGUCGGGAUAAAUCAAUUAGUUAGCAGCGCAAACGAAAUCGCCACUAUUAUAAUUCAGUCGCGCACUAACAGUUUUCGCUUAAGCAUAGAUUGUAUAGUUACGGAAAGAAUUACCGGAUCGAUUCCAAUGGUACAUAUCAAUAAACGAGCUAUCAAUCUGCCUAAAAAUAUUAGACUUGCAGACCCACAAUUCAAUGUACCAUCAGAGGUUCAAUUGUUGUUAGGUGUUGAUGUUUUUUGGCAAUUGUUGUGUAUCGGUCAAAUCAAGUCAUCUUCAAAUAAUCCUACUUUACAGAAAACACAUCUUGGAUGGAUUCUAGCAGGAUCCAUCAACAAUACAUAUUUAAAGAGUAACAGUCAAGGAGACACGAUCACGAGUUGCUUAACGUCUGUAGAUAUUUCCAACAAUGAGCUUGAACAUUCAUUAACAAAAUUUUGGGAGUUUGAACAUAAUCUUUCGAAUCAAGUCACUCUAUCACCAAGUGAGCGUGAAUGUGAAGAACACUUCUUAACAACGAUUGCAAGAGAUGAUGAAGGUCGAUUCAUUGUCACCUUACCGAUCAAAUCCGCACAACUUCAGCAACUUGGUGAAUCUAGAAGCAUAGCGUUGCGCAGGCUAUAUAAUUUAGAGAAACGAUUCAAACACAAUGUUCAGUUACAAACUGAUUAUACGAAUUUUCUACAAGAAUAUUUAAAAUUAGGACAUAUGCGCUUAGCAGACGAUUCAAGUGUUAACGAUGAUACAACGCGAUUUUACUUACCACAUCAUUGUGUAUUUAAGCAAACAAGUACUACAACCAAGCUUAGGGUGGUAUUUGAUGGAUCCUGUAAAUCCAGUACUGGUGCUUCAUUAAAUGACAUUCUAAUGGUAGGUCCAGUGGUUCAGUCAGACUUAUUCUCAUUGCUCGUACGAUUUCGCACAUAUGAAUAUGUUUUCACUGCAGAUGUAGUGAAAAUGUAUAGACAGAUUCUUGUCAAUCAGUCGCAGCUAUCGUUGCAAUCUAUACCGUGGCGAGAUCAUCCCACUGAAUCAGUUCGUACUUAUGAGCUGAAAACUAUCACGUACGGCACUGCUUCUGCACCGUAUUUAGCAACUAGAUGUCUAAAAUAUUUAGCAGAGAUAUAUCACAAUAAAUUUCCAGUAGGUGCACAGGCAAUAAUUAAUGAUGUUUACGUUGAUGAUGUCUUGACUGGUGCGCGAUCGUUGUCUGAAGCAAUAUGUAAGCGUAAUCAAAUCAUUACCAUAAUGUCAAAGAGUGGUUUUGAGCUCAAUAAAUGGUUUUCUAAUGACAUCAGACUUUUAGAGGGACUCCGGUCUACAGGUGGUCAGGAAAAUGUUCGUCUAACCGAGAGUUCUACGAUUCGCAUACUUGGAAUGCAAUGGAAUCCACAUGAGGAUUCAUUUUGUUAUACAGUUAAUGUGGGAGACAUGCAUUCAAAUGUUACAAAAAGAAACAUGUUGGCUGAAGCGUCAUGCCUAUUCGAUCCGUUAGGUUUUAUCGGACCAGUCAUCCUCAUAUCAAAGCUAAUGAUACAGGAAUUGUGGAGAUUGCAAUUAGACUGGGACGCUUCGGUUCCGGUAAACAUACAUUCACGUUGGUUAGAUUACAAGACACAAAUAUCUAAACUAGUUGAGCUACGUAUUCCACGAAUGAUUGGCCCAACUAUGGAAACACUAGAAGUUCAAUUUCACGGAUUUGCUGAUGCCAGUCAGCAUGCAUACGGAGCGUGCUGUUAUUUAAGGAUACGUAACUCGCACAAUGAUUGUCAUACACAUUUAUUGGCAUCCAAAUCGCGAGUUGCACCAGCAAAGGCAAUAUCACUACCGCGUUUAGAGUUGUGUGCAGCCUUGCUGUUAGCUCAGUUGCAAGUAAGUUUACUUAAGGCAAUUGAAUUUCAACCACAUCAAAUAUAUCUGUGGACUGAUUCCACCAUUACCUUGUCAUGGAUCAAAUCAAGCUCUUACAAGUUUGCAACAUUUGUAUCUAACCGUAUUGGAGAAAUUCAGAGACUAACCAAAAUCAAAGAUUGGCAUCAUAUUUCCACUAAACAUAAUCCUGCAGACAUCAUUUCUCGUGGGGCAAGCUCUUUGGAUUUAAUGCAAUCGAAAUUAUGGUGGAAUGGUCCAGAAUGGUUAUCGUCGGACGAAAAGGAUUGGCCUGAUAAUCAUCCACAAUACCCGGAGACGUUACCAGAUCAAGUAAAGGUCAAUGUACACGUUGUCAAACAAACAUUGGAUGUAUUUGAGAAUUUAAUCGUUAGAUAUCCUAGUUUUGGAAAGUUAAUUAGAGUAUUGGCAUAUGUAUUUCAAUUCAUUCACAAUUGCAGAAAUCCCUUAGAGAAACAUACUGGCGUCGCAACAGUGCAGGAUAGAGAGUGUGCAUUGCAGGCGUUGUGUAGAUAUGUGCAGCAUCAAUAUUUCGAUUCAGAAAUACAGGAAUUAAUUCGUGUAGGAGUAAUAUCUAAAACAAGUAAAAUAUUAUCUCUUAACCCGUUUUUGGAUCGGAAUGGAUUAUUGCGAGUAGGUGGUCGUUUGAGAAAUUCUGACAUAUCGUACGAAGCUAAGCAUCCAAUUUUGCUACCUAAGGACCAUAUGAUUACUAAGUUGAUCAUACGUGAUGAGCAUAUUAAGAAUUUGCAUGCAGGAAUUUAA